UCCCUAGCAACAAUUGUUAAGGGGCCAUCUUUGAUGUUUACGUUUGUGACGAAGCACAUGUUCAGUCCUGAUUUGCGUAAUCGACAGCGGUUUGGGAACAUUUCCAACUGAAUUUUCAGACAGCAAGACGUACUCAAAGGGAUCGUGAUAUAACAAGUGACAGCCAUGCCAUCAAUAGAGGAGAUCCAGUCCCUUCCCCUCAGAAAUGACCCAUCAGUCCGUUUGACUGAAGUUGGGGAGACCAGCAACAAGAUGGAUAUAAAGAUGGUGGAUGAAAUUGUUGAUGUAAAGAAAGUGAAAAGUGUGACAGAGGUGACUGGCGCUGGAGACACAGAGGACAAGGAGAACUCUUCUCAGAACAACACAGAGGUGGAAGAGAAGAAAAUACCAAAUAUUCUGACAAAGGCAUUCCUACGGCAGCACUGCAAGGACAACAAGCUGUACUUGACCCCUGAACUCAACGAUGUCUUGUACCUGCACUAUAAAGGGCUAGAAGCGCACACAGGGCUGAAGUGUCUGUGGCUGGAGUGUAAUGGCAUCCAGAAGAUUGAAAACCUGGAGCAUCAGACCCAGCUGCGAUGCCUGUACCUGCAGCAGAACCUACUGACUCACAUUGAGAACCUGGAGCCGCUCCAGCAGCUGGACUCCCUCAACGUCAGUAACAACAGCAUCAGGCGCAUCGAGAACAUAGCCUGUCUGCCAGUCCUGCAUACACUCAACAUCAGCCACAACCGACUGAAGACAGCCGAUGAUAUACGGGAACUUGUUCACUGCAAGAACCUGGGUGUCCUUGACCUUUCUCACAACAAGCUGGAGGACCCAACCAUUGUGGAUGUCUUUGAGCAGAUGGAGGAACUGCGUGUGUUGACCCUGUCUGGGAACCCUGUCAUCAAGGACAUCAAGAACUACAGAAAGACAAUCAUUGUCCGGGUGAAGGACCUAAGGCAUCUGGAUGACCGUCCUGUUUUCCCGAAAGAAAGAGCCUGUGCUGAGGCCUGGGCUGUGGGCGGUGUAGAGGCAGAGAGAGAGGAGAGACAGCGCUGGGCUGACAAGGAGCGCAGGAAGAUUCAGGACAGUGUUGAUGCUCUCCUCCAGAUCAGACAACACCAUGAGGCUCAGCGGAUUGAGGCUGAGCUGAAUGAGAAGAAUGCUGCAGAAGGAAUCACGGAGAAGGUGGAGGUAGAUCCAAGCACUGUAGACUGGCUGUAUGGGACCCACAAGCUGAAGGGGGAGGCACCAGAGGAGGGGGAACACAAGGAUGAGUUGAUUGAGGACCUGACCUCAGAGGACAUGCCGGUAGUUGGAGCACGGAAGCAGCAGGUAGACCAGGGCAUCUUCUCCACAGACAAAGUUCAACAGGAUGCUGGAAGCACUCGACUUUUCAUAACAGAAAUGGAUGAUGCUGAUAAACCAUCUGAAGCAGCUGAUGAUCUCCCUGAACUUGAAGAUGUGGAUGUGACUGAACUUGUACCUGAAGAUGUAGAAAAGUCAUACAAGCCGAUGAUUGAGAUUCUCAAUGACGAUGAUGAAUGUGCAGGGUUGGAACAUGUGAGAGCAGGGUUACCUCCCCUUGUAACAGAACUUCCAAAGUCAAAUCCAAAGAAAGUGUUGAUAGAGGAGAUUCCAGACACACAGAUAGGUCAGCCUGAAAGUGACCUUCCAGUUGAUUCUAAUGCUGUCUCCCUCGACCAGGUGAUCCCAGACUUUGGUUUGUCCGAGCACCUGGAAACACAACUGACGUCCGACUUACUGGCAGGUGUGGGCAAGAUGCUCAGCUCCCCUGGAGAUGACAACACUGAGGAGGAAACGGAUAUCAAUGAUCCUCACAUUGCAACAGGGAGCAUAUUUGAAGAACUAGACUGAAGAGAACUGUGAUAGUGACCUUGCUCAACAAACAGCCCUCCCAUUAACGUCCACCAUUGCCACUCACGCUGGACAAGCAUAUCCAUCUCAUUCAUUCACAGACACCCAUAGGGGUAGUUCAUUGCCAAAGGUUGUGUCCAAGCAUGUCUCUAAACCUAUCACCCUCUAAUGACUAAAUCAUGGCUCUGCCACAUCCUCUUCAUCAUCCAUUGAUAAAGAUUGUUGCAUGUGACACUCCUACUUGUUAUCACCCACAGAAAGCAUGUUUCAUGUAUCAGCCAGCCUCCUUGUAACAGGGCACCACAAGGGUACUGCCAACUGUGGCGUUCUGACACCUGGGAGCCCUGGUGCCAACAAUGCAUAUCUGCUGAGUGUGUGUCGUACUGCCUGUGCCUACUUUGUACAGGGUCUUGGAUGAUAGUACCGCUGACAAUGUUAGAUGCUGAAGUCAGUAUUGCCCAACUGUUAAAAGAUAUUGUGGACCAAGUGUGGUCUUCUCAACGACCAAUGAUUGUACUGGGGAGUUGUUUCUGGCCAAUACAGUGUUGUCUCUUUGGGAGCAGUUCAAAGGUUCACUGUAGGAUCCCAGAAUAUUUAAUGUAUUACUUUUGUCAUGUGAAUCAGGACAUCAAGAUUUGAAGCUGGUAAUCCCUUCAUGGAGACGUUGUUCACUCUCUGCAGCAGGAACUUUGGUCCAAUGUAAAACUUUGAACUGUUCCCUUUGAAAACCUCACAUUACAGUGUUAUUUUUGGUGCAUUACUAUAUACUUUUACAGUAUUAACUAUCUCGUGAGAAUUUCUUCAUUAAAUUCUCAAGCCUUUAUAAAUCAUUUCAAAUCCAAAAGAAUUUCUGUAUUUAUGUAUAUAUAAUGAAUGAUUAAAAUGUU